UGCGAUGGAUGGAGCUAUUCUGAAGUCUUGCCAUAUUUUAUUAGAUCAGAAAAUAUUCAACCAUUCAAACAUAUGGAUAAAGAGUAUCAUGGUACAAAUGGUUCGCUUGGCGUUUCUGAAUCUCAUGUUACAGAUUUUCCUAGUUUUAUGAUAAAAGCUGGUAAGGAACUGGGGUAUAGAACUGGUGAUUAUAAUGGUAGGGAACAAAAAGGAUUUUUUGCUUCACAAGCUACUAUACAAGGCGGUGAAAGGUGUAGUACGGCUAAAGCCUUCUUAUGGCCAGCUGUUACAAGUCGCAAAAAUCUUCACGUUCUGACAAACGCCCACGUUAAAAAGGUAAUUAUAAAGAACAAGAAAGCUGUUGGUGUAGAAUUUUAUCACAAAGGAACACUGAAGUCUGUUUCUGUAAAUAAAGAGAUUAUUCUAUCAGCUGGUGCUUUGUCUUCUCCUCAGAUUUUAAUGCUGUCGGGGAUUGGACCUAAAGAACACCUGAAGUCACAUGGGAUACCAGUCGUAGCUGAUUUACCAGUGGGUGAUAAUUUACAAGAUCAUAUUAGUUUUUAUGCCAAGCAUUAUUCUGGUGUAAACGAUGUGAACGGUUUUACUCUGGUUUAUACUUUAUUAAGACCAAAAAGUCAUGGUACAGUUCGUCUAAACAGUACCGAUGCCAUGCAACAUCCGAUCAUUGAUCCAAGAUAUUUAGAAAACAAGGAAGAUGUGGAGGGCUUGCUACGAGGUAUUCGUUUUUCACAGAAACUGACUAACACCAAGACUUUCAAAUCUCAGGGACCUGAAUUUUUCCAUAAACCAUUUUCACCAUGUUUAGAAAAAUCUAAAUUUGAUAGUGAUGAAUAUUGGCGAUGUUAUAUAAGGUAUUUUACAAUGGUUAUCUUUCAUUCGACCGGAACUUGUAAAAUGGGACGUACAGAAGAUCACACCACGGUAGUGGAUCCCCAACUAAGAGUGAAAGGCAUCCAUGGACUGCGAGUAGCUGAUGCUUCUAUCAUGCCAUCCAUAGUAUCUGGCAACACUAACGCACCGUGUAUAAUGAUAGGUGAAAAAGCCGCGGAUAUGAUUCUAGGUAUAAAACCACCAACACCUCUAUCAGAUAUGUAGCUGUAUAUACCAUAACAGAGUCUUAA